GUUGAAUGGAUGGGACUUGGUGCUGAUCACACUACUUGGGAGUACUUAACAGAGCUCUAACAUCGUUUCCCAUCUUUUAAGACAUGAGGACAAGUCUGUGCUAAGGGAGGGGUAUUGAUACAAGAAGAGGCAUACAGAUGCUGAGCUGGGAAGCAUUAAAAUUAGAAGUGCCAAAUGAAGAAAGCGGUGAUGAAGAUUGCGUUCCGCUUCACUCCCAGCACCUCGUACGGACUCCGGGAACUUGUAAUCUCCACCGACGGCGGCGGCGGCGAGGCGAUUGCGUCCGAAAUUACGGACGGCAUCCGUCGCUGCGCUCCGGGGAACGGCAUCACCCGUUCUGAUCUGGUCCCGAAUUCGACCCUGGGGAAAACGGAUUCUGAGAGGCUUAGCAUUCGGAGAAUUUAGGAAUUGAACGAUGAGAAGAUAGGGAUAUUAAGGAGUUGAUCGAAUUGAAAUACUGCAACGAAAUGUGGGAAUGAAGCCAAACUGGGCUUUUCUAGGGGCGCCGGAGCUUUACCAGGGAGGGGUUCAGCUGUUGGAUAUAUAAAUUCAAGCUGCUUUGCAUAAAAGAUAACUUCUAACGUGACAACUCAAGAGAAGUCAUUAUUCAAAAUUUUAAAAGAUAAUUGAAAAAUAAAAUUAGUUAACAACAUAGUCUUCCAUUUCAACUUCAUUAUCACCAAAACUUUCUUCAUUCUCCUCAUUAGCAUCAUUUUGUGGUAUAUCGGCCCACAUAGCUUCAGCAAUGCCAUGUCUCCAAGCGUUAGCUUCUGUUCUUUGUUGUUGAGUUUGAGAAAGUAUUUCAGAAUUUUCUUCCUCCAUGUCAAGAUAUGAUGAAGAAGAUGACUCAAGUUCUACUUCAGGAGGAAAUUCAUCAGAACGACACUCUUUACGAAGAAAGUUAUGUAAUCCUUUUUCAUCUAUUUUC